AUGGACUGGCAGAGUUACCACCGCCUCAGUGUGAUCCAUGACUUCAUGGAUGAUCUGGAGCACACCCUCCCUUCCCUGUGCACAGUCGGGAUCAUCGGCCAAUCUAUUGAAAACAGACCGAUAAAGCUGCUGAAGAUCUCCAACGGCAACGCGAACAACGCCGCGGUGUGGAUGGACGCGGGCAUUCAUGCGCGAGAGUGGAUCGGACCCGCUGUCAACACUUAUGUUGCCAACUACAUCGCGAGGAACUUUGACAAACUACCGCCCAGCUGCACUAAUAAAGACUGGUAUUUCGUACCAGUGGUGAACCCAGACGGAUACGAAUACUCGCAUACCAACAACCGGAUGUGGCGCAAGAACCGCGCCUGGGUUGACGGCAAGUGUUGCGGAGUCGACCUCAACAGGAACUUCAGUCUCGGUUGGGGCGGCAGAGGGUCAUCCAAUGAUCCGCAUCACAGCUUCUAUCGAGGAACUGAACCGUUCUCUGAACCAGAAUCCGCUGCACUUAAAACGGUCCUGUUAGACGCCAGGCUACCGUUCAAGGUGUACAUAACGCUGCACGCCUUUGGGGAAGUGAUAAUAUUCCCCUUCGCCUGCAGUGAGGACCUGUGUCCAGAUUACAUACGACUGCUCAAUGGCGCUGCUGCUAUGUCCAGGGCAAUAUACCAGACGAACGGCAACACAUAUAAGGUGGGCAUAUCUAAGGACGUGAUGUACCGCGCGUCAGGCACCAGCAACGACUGGUGCUACGGAGAGGUCGGCAUCCCUUACUGCUACCUCAUCGAACUGAGGAGCAAGAAACAUAGAUUCAAGUUACCGCAAGAUGAAAUCGAGGACACUGGCAAUGAAAUACUGAACUGUGUCAUUGCUUUGAUGGACUUUGUGGACAAAUAUCCCCUCGAACAGAGCUCUGGAGACUGCAAACGACGAAAGGCGAAAAUAAGGUACGACAUCAAUAUACGAACUAUUUACUUUAAAACUGUGAACAUAUGGCGCGAGGACCCUAGCACGAUGGAAGUGCUCGUGGAGGGCAACCGGGCCGCGCAGAUAGCUGGCAUGCUCCACGAGCGAGAGAUUCCCUACUCUGUGGCAGUCAGCGACGUGGAAGCCAUGCUGGACCUCGAGGCCGGCGCCGGGGUAGUGACCAUGAUUCCAGAAAACUGCACGACUAUGGACUGGUCCAACUACCACAGGCUGGACACGGUGUACAAGUUUAUGGACAAUAUCGCCAAAGAGUUCCCGUACCUGUGCACUCUCUACACCAUCGGCAGGUCAAUCGAGGGCCGGAGAUUAAUUAUGAUGAAAAUAUCGAACGGUAACUGCGGCAACGCUGGCGUGUGGAUUGACGGCGCCAUACACCCUCGCGAGUGGGUCAGCACUGCCGUGGUUACCUUCCUGAUUGACAGGCUGGUCCGCACGUUCCACGAGCAGCCUGACUGCAUCACUAAUAAGGACUGGUACAUCCUUCCAGUGCUGAACCCAGACGGCUACGAGUACACUCAUACGCACGAUAGAAUGUGGCGCAAGAACAGGGCGCAUUACGGCGAAUGCGUCGGAGUCGAUCUCAAUAGGAACUUUAGCUAUGGUUGGGGUGAGAACGGCGAAGAGGGAUCCUCGGAAGACCCUGGAAACAUCUUCUACAGAGGGCCGGAGCCAUUCUCGGAGCCAGAGACCACUGCAGUGAGGAAUACGAUCAUAAACGCAGACACCACAUUCAAGGUGUUCCUGUCGUUUCACAGCUACGGUGAAGUCAUCAUCUUUCCAUGGGGCUACACCAGCGAACCCUGUCCUGAUUAUGUUGAGCUGCUCGAAGGUGGCACAGCCAUGGCUAAGGGUAUUUACGAAACUCAUGGACACACUUACAAGGUGGGCAGCACAAAGGACCUGAUGUACUACGCAGCUGGCACCAGCGUCGAUUGGAGCUAUGGAUCCGCCAACAUACCAUUUUCCUAUAUGGUGGAACUCAGGAGCAAGAAACACAGGUUCCUCCUCCCUAAGGAGGAAAUCAUCUACACAGCAAGAGAAGUCUGGAACGGAGUCACGAGACUUAUGGACUUCGUCGACAGACGCGAUAAAGGCACCAGUACCCCAACCCGACGAUGA